AAUGCGAAUCUUUGCAAAAUGAGUUAUUACUGUUUCUGUGAUAUUCUACAAAACAGGAAAAUGCUAUGCAAAUUCGUUAUAUGGAUAGCGGUGGCCACUAUUUCUUCAGAAUUUGUGUCAGCUGCCACAGACAAAAUAAUAUGUUAUCAUGGAACUUGGUCAAAGUAUCGAAAUGGUAACGGAAAAUUCGGUGUAAGCGAUAUUGAUCCUUCUCUGUGCACACACUUGAUUUACAGUUUUGUUGGACUCAGUACAGCUAAUGAUGGAAGUGUGGUUUCCUUAGACUCUUACCUGGACAUAACCAUGGGUAACUUUGCUAAUUUCAACGCUCUGAAAAAAAUAAAUCCCAAUCUCAAAACACUACUCGCUAUUGGUGGUUGGAAUGAAGGUUCCACGAAGUACUCAAUAGUUGCUUCAUCGGCCACACUCAGAAAAAACUUUGUUCAAUCUGCUCUGAACUGGGUAUUGACAUACGGUUUUGAUGGAUUCGACUUAGACUGGGAAUAUCCAGGGCAACGUGGAGGAUCGCCUACUGACAUUGUUAGUAUGUUCCCUAAAAAAAUGUAUUCAUAUACUUAUCAUUUGAAAAAAUCUUCCAAAUCUGUUUCUGCCGCUAUUGAGCAACAGUUUGUUAUGAAACGAUAUAUCAGAUUGAGAAAUGUCAACUAUUUUACAGAUAUGGACUUCAUUAAUGUUAUGGCCUACGACCUACACGCAUCUUGGGAUGGCUUCACAGGUCAUAAUGCUCCACUAUAUGCCUCAUACUUAGACGAUACUGCCAGUGAACAAAAUUUGAAUAUAGAUUCCGUCGUUAAAGGUUGGAUUGCCAAUGGUGCUGACCCUCAAAAAUUAGUACUUGGUUUGGCAUUGUACGGAAGAACAUUCACUCUAUCUAGUACAAGUAAAGUAGCUCUAGGAGCACCAAUAUCCGGAGCUGGAAAUUCUGGUCCUUACACUUUGGAACCCGGUAUGUUGGGAUAUAAUGAGGUGAGUUGCGGUGUUCAAAUAUUUUUCGUGGAAUACGCUAAAUCCGCAAACCUUGGUGGAGUGAUGGUAUGGUCCAUAGAAACAGAUGAUUUCCGAGGGGUAUCUGGUACUAAAUUCCCUCUCCUAAGAGCUAUUAAUGAAGUUCUGAAAAUUUCAUCAUCAAGUUACACUGGCAGCAAUUCUACUGGCAGCGAUUCUUCAAGUAGCAGCGAUUCUUCAAGUAGCAGCGAUUCUUCAAGUAGCAGUGACAAGGACUCAUCGAACAGUUUUCCCGAUGUUAACAAAAAUACAGACGAAUCUUUUUCUGGAACAAACAAUCUUUGUACAUCUGAGGGUUACGUUAGAGAUAUCAACGACUGUAGUAUUUUUUACUAUUGUCAGUUAGUAGAUGGAAAAUACGUUCCAAAAACCAACACUUGUCCUUCUGGUUUAUAUUUCGAUAUUAGUGAAAAUGUAUGUAAUUGGAAAGCAGCAGUUACUGACUGUUGAUCGUUAGGUUGAUGAAAUCUCGAAAAUCCAUAUAUUCAAUACAGUAUAAUAAAGCAUGCAUAUGAA